AAUUAUACAAUGCGUAAUGUGCCGUCGCAUUGAGCAUAAGUGUCCUCUGUAAGAGGUUGAAACGGGGCAGGGUAAAGAAGACCCAGCAGGCUGUGCUUUUAAAAGACCCGAGGAGACUAUAAAAGUGGUUUCAUGCCCGCUGCAGUAAAGGCUCGGCUCGAAAUGCGCACAGACAGACAGAGGUAGGCAGAGCAGAUAGAGAAAGGGGGACAACACACACUCAACAACACCCACACGCGCAGUAUUCAAGCUUUCUUUUCAAAUAUCGGCUCUCUCUCAUAGGUAGAGACUAUCCAGAAGAGGGAGUUCAUAGGUGCGGCAAUUUUCUUUAGUUCUUUUAAGACAAGCUUUACACAUAACGAGUGUCAGACAUCGUAGUGUACAGAAGUGCAUGUGUGCUACUUUAGUGACUAGGAUGCGCGUCUUGUCCAGUCGACCCGCUGCUGUUUGACUCAUUUCCCCUAACGAGCUGGAUUCGCUAACCGCUCUAUUUUCUUACCGGGGGAAGUUGGGCUCAUUUAAACUUUUCUGGCCGUACUUUUGAUGCAAUGGGACCGCGCCAACGGGACAGCGUGUCCGCGCUUUGUAGAAAAAGUUUCCUCUGGACUGUGCUGAUACUCUGGCUGACCACGUUUGUUGACGGGACCUGGAAGACUGGACUUUACAAAACCUACUCAGGGGGGACGCAGACAGCAGCCUCUCACACCUCCGUCUAUCAGAAAAGGAACUGGUGUCCUCAUACGGUCACUAAGACAGUGACUUGCCAGGUACAGAACGGGACGGUCCUGCAGCGGGUCUACCAGACAUGCCGCUGGCCGCAGGGAUGUACAGGAGGCAGCUACAGGACUGUGAUCAGACCUUCCUAUGUAAUGGUGUAUCGCACUGUGACCUCUCUGGAGUGGAAAUGCUGUCCAGGAUUCAGCGGCGCUACCUGUGAAGAAGAUGCAGGGAACCAGCUUGCAGCUCAAGAGGCAGUAAGGAAAUCCUCCACGCUUCGCCGCCCGCCCACACGCACAGGAGAGUCAAUCUCUAAUUGUCUCAACUGCAGUCGAAUCACAGCUUUGACUGACCGGCUGAGCUCCCUGGAGGCGAAGGUCCAAUUACUUACCGCCCCAACCUCCAUAUCACAUCGCCACCUUCAGGGUAAAGGAGCAACUGCACCGGAGGCCUCAUUACUGAUGGGGGCUAUGCCCACUCACGGAGCUCCUGGUGAGCAGGGACCUGCAGGUCCUCAGGGUGAAAAGGGGAGAGAUGGGCUUCCUGGCAAAGAAGGGAAGCCAGGGUCUCGAGGGCUGCCAGGUCCCAGUGGGCCUCGGGGGGAGGCCGGGACGAGGGGCCCAUCUGGAAGCCCUGGAUUAAAGGGAUCCUCGGGACCUGCAGGCCCCCGUGGUCCUCCAGGCCUUCCCGGAGAGAGGGGUUUACCAGGCCCGCCUGGCCCUCCAGGGCCUCCAGCUCCAGCUAGUGCCCACAUCCCAGAACCAGACCACAGUCGUGGAAAAGACCCUUUUUUCAGCAACACUUUCCAUGACUCACGAGGGUUGCCUGUUCCAGGACCUCAGGGUCCCCCUGGGCCUAUUGGUCCACCAGGUCCCAAAGGCCCAGUAGGACCUCCUGGCCCAUCGGGACAGAAUGGGAAACCUGGAGCCCCUGGAACGCAGGGCCCUAUGGGGCUAAAGGGAGAACGUGGGGAGAGGGGUCCUUUAGGUUACCCAGGAGAGAGGGGCUUCAGAGGCGAGCCGGGAUCACCGGGUUCCAAGGGAGAGCCAGGGGAGAAGGGCAUUCCGGACAUUAGCUUGCAGAUGUUCCACGACUUGCAGGCCGACCUUGAGCUUCUGGCUCGCAGGGUGACGCUGCUGGAGGCAAUCAUCUGGCCAGGUAACGCUGAGACAUCCUCACCCACAGCUCUGCCGGCCCUCACUGACCUUUUUUUGACAAGUUCUAGAAAGUCUCGAUCGAGUGUUAGAGGAAUUAAAUUACUGCUUGUUACCGAACUGCUGAACGUUGAUCUAGUCACUGAAAAGCAGAUGUAUUCUUAUGUAUGAAAUGUUUUGGUUGUAGUACAGAUAUUACUUUACAGGCCCUGAAAUCUAGUUACUCAAUCACAUGACUUACUUCACAUGACAUAUUUCUGUAUUUUUGCAUUUGUUCUGUGCGCCUCUGACUGAUUGAUGUCACACACUUCCAAGCACCGAUCAGGAUUAAGCAACAUUUGAAUCCAAAUUGAAAUGACGGUUUACUUGUUUGUUUGCUGAUGUCGCCAGCACUGUCAAUCAAAUGUGAUCAAACCACACCCACACAGUCCUGCUGAAGCACAUUAAAAAACUCCCACAUUAAAUGAAUGAUACACACAGAUUGUUUUUAACUUCAACUUUGAUUGUUGUUAUUUAGCCAUGAAUGUUAUUAAGAAAAACUAGGAUUUAAAUUUUGAAAAGGUUUUCAGGGGCUUUAAUCUUUUGUAUAAUAAUCAAGCUUUUUAAAUUAAUGUGUACCAAUGGAUGUGAAGUUUGUUAAUCUAGCCAGUAGUGCUGCAAUUAUUACUCAAUGAAAUGAUAAGUCAAAUGACAAAAAAUCAAUCAAGCGCAAUUUUGAUAAUCAGUGAAUUGUUUAUUAUAUCCAGCAAAAAUGCCAAAAUACUGUACCUGAUUUUGUUUUUUUAAAUCUGAGGAUGUGCUGCUUUGUAUCCUUGAAAUUUUAUAUUUGUUUUUUUAUAUCUGUUUUUUUUAACUCUGAAUUUUAUAGACGAGACAAUUAAUCCAAAGGGGUAAAAAAUAGACACAUUUAUUCAAUAAUAUUUAAUAAUUAUCACUGCAGCCCUACUAGCCAGAUGUGCGUCCUUUACAGCAGAAGAAUUUGAUAAAUCCCUCAAAUAUUCUGACUAGUUAGUUGAUUUAUAAUUUUGAUAUAAAAACUGGGCAACUGAUGUCCUAUUAAAAAUAAGAACCCACUCAUGACGAGUCCAGGUUAACUGCUACAUCAGAGUAGACUUGGAUUAGGACUACAGAGUGCACAUGAGCACACACACUGAUGGACAGGGAGGCCCCGUUCCAACUGCUGUCUUUCUUCAACAGAGCCUGAUCUAGGGUCUGGGGAUGGACCGUUUGGCACAGCCUCCCCUAGUUUCUACAGAGAUAAGAGGGCAGGUGCGCUCCCAUAUCGACUUGCUUCUCCUCUGUCCUCCAACACCAAGGUUCGAGGGAAGUAGCUCCCCCGCUCACCCUGAGGAUCACAGGCUGGGUUGACUCCCCCUCCUAUAGGUCUCAUCGGCAGAUUUAGACCUUAUCUGAUACGCUCUCUGGGCUUUACCGUAACAUUUAGGAUGGGGAACACCUCAGGGAAACUCCACUGAUACUCCACAAUGCCCUCCAUCUGGAACCUGAGAACUAGUUUGACCCCCCUCACCCACCCGUCGCCAUAACCAAACAUUUAUCUUUACAUAACACACCCAGCAGCUCCUCCUUGUCCGUGUCUCAUUUCUUUGGCAACACAAGUAAAGCCUCAGAAUAAAGAUGUUUACUCUUUGAAAAAAAGGAAAAUUUGAAUCUUCCGUGGUGCUCCCUGAGUAACAAACAGUUCUGGACAAUAAGGGUAAUUUAGAGUAAUCAAUUAAAGGAGGAAUCAGAUGUGAGAAAAUAAGACUGGAUUUGCGUUUGUACUGCUUUCACAAUGUCACUGCAAUCUGAAGAGAUUCCACUAUUUAAGUAAACUGAGCAUGUAACUGAGCAUGUAAAGUCUGCAGGACACAAGUACACAAACAAACCUCUUCUUGUAUUCAUUUUGUUGUACUUCUAUCUAUAUUGUUUAACUCAAUGUUAUGUAGUGCACUAAAAAGAUGAAGUCAUCUCUACUCUAACUGAGAUGUGUUGCUAACAGUGAUUUGUAGUUUUCUGGUGUGUUUUCUCCCCUUCAAGUAUACACUGAUAAAGUGAUUUAAUAUACAAUGGUAUAUUUACAUGUAAUGUAUGUGCAAAACAACGCAAAGUUGGAUUUGGUGGCAUAUCAACAGAGGUUGUAUCCUGGAAAAAAAAUAAUGUUCAAACGAAAGCAACUAUGCAAACUGGCAAUUUUUUCAAUUUGUAGACAUUUAACACACAGAGGAAAUAGCAAAACUGUUAAUGGAACUUGAACAUAUUUUACCACUGUUAAUGGCUUAAACUGUCCUGAUGAAAAUACUUUUUUUCAUCUUAUAUCAAACUUAUGGUGAAACUAUUUAAAAUGAUCAAUUGUACUUAUUUUGUAUGCUGUUGUGUAUCCAUUUCAUAUUUCAUUCAACAGCCUUUUCUUGAUAAUGUGUUACUGUGUUCAGAUAAUCCUGUUUAGAUGAUUGGUGUAAUAAAAUAAUGUUCAUUGUUUUGUUUUUUAA